UAUGCUACUUUAAUAGGGCGCAAAAACGUUUCAAUAACAUUUAAAAUGAAGAAUUUAUGAUAUCGCUAAUUACUGAACAUCGUUCAGUAAUUGAAUCUACCCUUCCAGCAAAACUUUAAAAACUAUUAAGACAUGCACUGCCAAACUGACAACUUUUGUCACUUAAAAAAUCCGCAAACGAAAUGAACACCUUUUACCAACCAAAAUGAUCCGCAGGGAGUCCCUAUCCCUCCACAACCACAAGAAAUGUGACCGUAAGCAGAAACAGAGCAAACUGAGAUAUAAGCGCGACCAGAGGAUAUGGCAGACUCACCGCCACCGACGCCUCCACCACCGCCGUCACCGCCACCCCCACCACCACCUACACCGCCACCAGCACCAGCUCCUGGGGCUGGUGGUGGAGCUGGAGCAGGGGGCGAUGAUGGAAUCACGCCGUACCUGCCCAUCAUAGGUGGCAUAGCAAUAGGAGCUGGAUUCCUCGCUCUACUCUACUUCAUGGGUACAGGAGAGCCAGAAGUAAAAAAACCGGUAAAGAAGGUCGAACCUGGAAAAGAACGCGAGCGCAGAAACUUCUGCGACUGCGACAGGAUACACCCAAGUAGAAGGAAAUGGCCUAUAGACGAAUACUGAUGCGAGACCAUACCAUAUCCAUACAAUGAAACGUAACACACGACUUUAAAGCAAAUCACUUGUGAAUAAUAUGUAGGAACACUGUGCCAAAGCCAACGAGAAGUCUCGGAAAUAUAAAGCCCGGUGUGCCCGAAAAAUGAAAUAGUGAUUUCUAAAGAAAUAAAUACAACUGGAAUAAC